GGACGAGAGAGUACGGAGAUUAAGGGCUGCGCAUCUGGCAGCACGGAACCAUGAGGUCUCGCGGAUGGACAAGGUCAUCAGCAACUCCAGGAGGUACAUGGACGCAGCGCAUAGAUAUACCGUCAUGGGAUUAAUAGGCUUCAGUGGUAUGUCGCCUCACCCCCCCGGCCGUCGCUGCACUCUAACCCCCCCAUCCUCCUUCCAGGGCUCGCUCUCCUCGUCACAGUAUAUGCUACCGUAGACAUGAUGGUCUAUAACCGAAACCGCCGCAACGAGUUCUUCGCCCUGCAGCAGCAAUUGCAGACGGGCAGUCUCGAAGCCGCCCGUCUAGCUUACAUGACUGGUUCCGCUACCGAGGAACAGAUUGCCCUCGUAGAAGAUGCUACCGACAAGGCAAAGAAGGCCGGCCUUGAGCUGCCAAACUUACUGCACGCUCCCAAGACCCUGUCAUCCAUGGCCGCCGCCGCCACCACCACCACCACAUCCGAGGCCGAGAGGACAGUGUGGCCGGGCGAAUCCCUGCAAGACACCUCGCUCAGCCCCGCCGAUCAUGUAGAGGCCCCCCGGAAGAAGGGUCUCACCGGCUGGCUAUUCGGCGGUUUGAAGGACGAGGAUACCGCAGCUGCUCCCGCCCAUCUGGGCUUCGAGAGGGAACACGAUGCGGCCUCGCCAGACCAGGGCCGCACCAGCGCUGCUGCACAUGCCUUGGGCGAGAAGGGAGACGCGUUGAAGGACAAGGCAAAGGCCGCCUUCGAGGCCGAAAAGCAGCACCAAAGGCAGGGUGGCCCCCUGGACCAGCUCGGUCUCGACGCAGCCGAGAAGAAGAAGGGUUGGUUCUGGUAAGACUCCACCAGGCAACAGGCACAGGGCACAGGCACAAGCAUAGACGUGUCUCUUCAUGUCGCCU